AUGCCUCCUUUUCCCUUCUUCUCCACAGCCAUUAGGAGGAUUUGCCAUAUUCGAAAAGGAAGGAUAUCUUCGUGUUAUUCGAUUCAAACGAAUGGAUAUAAAACCACCCCACUCCUUCACCACCGAAACUCUCAAAUUCUCGAUCUGGAUGCUCCGAAACUCGUCAAAAACGCGGAUAAUUCGAAAAACGAACAAAAAUCGAAAAAAUCGAAACGAAUCGAGUGGAGCGGCGGCGCGAUUCUCAUGUUGGGACUGCCGGCGUUCGCGUUUUCACUCGGAAUUUGGCAAUGUUAUCGAUUGAAAUGGAAACUCGAUUUAAUCGAUCAUUUACACUCGAGAUUGAGUCAGGCGGCGGUGGAUUUGCCACAAGAUUUGAGUUGUGACUCCCUAGAACCACUGGAGUACUGUCGUGUCACCGUAACCGGUGAAUUCCUGCACAAUCGUGAAUUCAUCAUCAGUCCACGCGGGCGUUUCGAUCCGGCGAAAAAACAGAGUGCGGCGGCGGGUUCGAUGCUCUCAGAGAACGAGAUGAGCAGUCACGGUGGACAUUUGAUUACACCGUUCCGGUUGAAGGGUAGUGGAAAAGUGAUUCUAAUCAAUCGUGGCUGGCUUCCCUCGUUCUACUUCGAUCCGUCAACCCAUCAAAAAACGAAUCCAAUCGGAGUGGUGACAUUCGAUGGAAUCGUCCGAAAAACCGAAAAACGACCACAAUUCGUCGGACAGAAUAUUCCGGAACAAGGCGUCUGGUAUUAUAGAGAUUUGGAACAAAUGGCGAAGCAUCAUGACACUGAACCCGUUUGGUUGGAUGCGGCUUAUGGUAUGACAAAACUAGUAUCACCAUCGUUUUCAGCUCGUCGAGAGCUUUCAGAAAAGUAUAAUCAUGCCCCGAUUCGGUGA